CUCAAGUCGUCACUUUUGAAUAUUUUCAAACUCACGCGCAAGCUUCCCUCCCUCCCUCCAGCUUCCUUCGAAUCCCUAAAAGAAUCAAAACCUCAAUAUAAAAAUAUUUCUGUGGUUGAAUCUCUGAUUUCCUGUCUUAUUAUUUCUUAGAUUUGUGAGGUGAAAAUGGUGGAGCAAUGUGUGAGCAAUGGACCGAAAAGGAAAGAGGUUGCUAAAAAUGGCAAAAAAGAAAAGCAAAAGACAGAAGAAACAGAGACACAGAGGAGAACGAGUGAUAGAAUCAAGAGCAAGCAGAGAGAAGAGAAGGAACGAUUGGUGAGAAAGAGAGUGCAGAUAUUAGACGAGCAAGAAGAAAAAGGAAACCUUAGAAAGAGACCAAAUGCUAAUGUGACCGAGGAGGAGGAGGUUGUAAUGGCUGAAAAGUUGCUAAAUCAGGUUUUGGGGUCAACUGAAAAGCAAAAGGAGGUGACUUUAAGUGAUGCUGGUGGUGUGGGUAAUGUGGUGACGGAGAAAAGUGCUACUGUUAAAGUUAAGGACACUUUGAGGUUGUUUAACAAGUUUUAUCUACAGUUAGUGCAGGAAGAAGAGUUGAGGUGUGCAAAAGCGAAAGUUGAUAAAAACGUCUCUAAAGGUUCAAAAAAAUCAGUUGAUAAAUCCAAGAAAGAAAACACAGCUGAAGAUGAUAAGAAAAAAUCCAAGCGUCCUGAUUUAAAGGCAAUAUCCAAGAUGAUGGAAGCUAAUGCUAUAAUGUAUCCUGAGAAAACAAUUGGUGAUCUUCCAGGUAUCAAUGUUGGGCACCGGUUCUAUUCCAGAGCUGAAAUGGUUGCUGUAGGUUUUCAUAGCCACUGGCUGAACGGAAUUGAUUAUAUGGGACAGUUCUACAAGAAAGGGGUGUACCAUAACUAUAUGUUCCCACUUGCUGUAGCCAUUGUUAUUUCGGGGAUGUACGAGGAUGAUCUGGAUAAUGCUGAGGAUGUUAUCUAUACUGGUCAAGGUGGUCAUGAUUUAACUGGAAAUAAGCGUCAGAUUCGUGACCAAAAGUUGGAGCGUGGUAAUUUGGCAUUGAAGAAUUGUGUGGAGCAAUGUGUUCCUGUGCGAGUUGUUCGAGGCCAUGAAUGUGCUAGCAGCUACUGUGGCAAAGUUUACACCUAUGAUGGCUUGUACAAGGUUGUUCAAUACUGGGCUGAGAAAGGUUUAUCUGGAUUUACUGUGUUUAAGUAUAGACUGAGGCGGCUGGAAGGACAGCCACUUCUGACCACCAACCAGGUUCAAUUCAGCUAUGGACGUGUUCCCCAAUCUGUUGCUGAAAUACGAGGGUUGGUGUGUGAGGAUAUUAGUGGAGGUCAAGAGGAUGUCCCGAUUCCAGCUACAAAUUUGGUUGAUGAUCCACCUGUUGCGCCGUCAGGGUAUACCUACCGCAAGUCUCUUCAAAUUGCAAAAAAUGUGAAGCUUCCUACAAACGUGUCUGGAUGCAACUGCAAAGGGACUUGUGUGGAUCCAAGAACUUGUGCUUGUGCGAAACUUAAUGGCUCUUAUUUUCCAUAUGUUAAUUGUCAUGGUGGCAGGUUAAUUGAAGCCAGGGCUGUUGUUUUUGAAUGUGGUCCCGGUUGUGGAUGUGGACCUGGUUGUGUAAACCGAACAUCUCAACGAGGCAUCAAGCAUCGUCUUGAGGUUUUCCGUACUCCUAAGAAAGGAUGGGCUGUUAGAUCAUGGGACUUUCUACCUGCCGGGGCACCUGUUUGUGAGUACAUAGGGGUACUUAUGAGAACAGAAGACACAGAUCAUGUCUGCGAGAACAAUUAUAUUUUUGACAUUGAUUGCUUGCAGACAAUGAGGGGGCUAGAUGGAAGAGAGAGGCGACUAGGAGAUGUAUCAGUACCAGCAAUUAACAACUUUGAUGGAGAUGAUCAGAAGUCUGAAAGUGUUCCAGAGUUUUGUAUUGAUGCAGGUUCCACUGGAAAUAUUGCCAGGUUCAUCAAUCAUAGUUGUGAGCCCAAUCUCUUCGUGCAAUGUGUCCUAAGCUCACAUCAUGAUGUCAAACUCGCUCGGGUGAUGCUAUUUGCAGCAGACAACAUACCUCCUAUGCAGGAGCUUACUUAUGACUAUGGCUAUGCCCUGGAUAGCGUCUCUGGCCCUGAUGGAAAAAUAAUUCAGAUGCCAUGCUACUGUGGUGCAGCCGAUUGUAGGAAGCGCUUGUUGUAGUUGGAGCUGGUCAAACUGAUUUUGUGCAUCCAAACUGACCGUCCUGCUCUUUUGACAUACACGCCGGGUGAUUUUGCCUUGCUAUAAGGAAGUGUAUAUGUGACAAUCGGUCAACACAGGUUAUGUCAUCCUGCUGCCUUUUGAAAAGCAUUAACUGAUGCAGCUUACAAGCCCCAUUACAUCCUCUCUUUUGUUCCAGUGAGAUUCAUAUUAACUUAAACUCUGAGUUGUCAAGGGUCACAGCCAUGUGUUAACAUUGUAGCUCGCAGUAAGGAAAUUUAUAUCUUAGUGCUUUUAUAAAUGUUUUGGAGUUAUAUAUAUGAAAUUUAAGAUUUCACUUGCUGCUUCCACAA